AUGUGGCCCGGCUGCGGCGGCCGCUUCUACUGGGCGCCCGCGCCGCCGUCGGGGGCGAGGGGCGUCGUGGUCGUGUUCGCGUGGGUGUGGAGCGACGAGGCGCAGCUGCGGCCGUUCGUCGAGCUCUACGCCUCGCUCGGCUGGCGCUGCCUCGUCUGCCACCCCGACCUCGUAUCGCUGUAUCUCUCUGAGAAAGCAGCAACAUUGGCAUGUGGUGUUAUUAGUGAGCUGGCAAAGGAAUUGAAAGUAAAGCCAUUGCCAACUGUGUUUGCUUCUUUUUCUGGUGGCUCAAAGGGAUGCAUGUACAAGGUUAUUCAGUUACUAGACGGAAGAUGUGAAGGAGAUGCAAUGAUGAAGGACUAUCGGUUAGUUAGAAACUGUAUCUCUGGCCAAGUUUAUGACUCUGGCCCAGUGGAUUUUGUGAGCGAUGUGGGCACACAGUUUCUUCAAAAUCCUGUAAUUGGCACUUCAUCUCAACCAUCCAUGCUACGUUCCUUGAUGGCAAAGGCUCUGGCAUCUGGAAUGGAUACUCUCUUCCCAAGCAGAAUUGAAGCUCAGCGUGCAGAAUAUUGGCACACGCUAUACUCAUCAGCAGGGUUGGGUUCAGUUCUUAUAUUUUGCUCGGAAGGCGAUGAUCUUGCUCCAUGCCAUGUUGUCUGUGGUUUCGCCAGGCGUUUGGUCGAACUAGGCACAGAUGUUAAAGUAAUCAAGUGGAGUGAUUCCCCUCAUAUUGGCCAUUACAAGUUGCAUGAAGCGGAAUACAGAACUGCCGUCGAUGAUAUACUGAAGAAAGCUCUUGUCACCUUCUGCCACAGAAGCCAGCUGGAGGGCACUAGUGCUGCAUGGGAUCAGGACUACAAGAUAGCACACUGUGUGUGCAAUCUACACAAUGUGGCCGCCAAUUCAAAUGAGAGCCUGAGAAGGGUAGCCAACAGUCCCAGCGACCAUUUCUUCUUGCCAAGUUCAAAGGACCAUCAUGAUUCUAGGGAACCAGAUUCUCUGAUUGAGGAGCAGAAACGGUCACUACCCUAUCCAGCCAGGAUGGAGCCUCAAGGAGUCCUUGGCCAAAUAAUGUUUGAUGUCUGUGUUCCGAAAAAUGUUGAAGGAUGGGACAUCAAGCCAACAGCGUCUCCGAAUGGACGACCAACGUUGGCUUCUGCACGGCAACUGGGUCCGUUCAAUCCCAUCAAGUACCUCCGCCGUUCAAGGCUAUAG